AUGUCCGACGAUAAAACCAUUCCAAAGACAGAUUACAAGCUUGAGGCUGAUUGUGAGCUACGGUUUGAGAUAGAAAAUAAAAACGAAAAAGUGUCCGUUGUGCUUCUCAACGGACAGGCGGAACUUUUUGGCACGGAACUAGUCGUGAAAAAACCGUACGAGUUCGUCACCGGUGCGAAGGUUGCUAUUUUCACCUACCAUGGUUGUACGAUCGAGCUGCGAGGCAAACCAGAUGUGGCGUACGUGGCGAAAGAAACGCCAAUGGUCAUGUACCUGAAUGCGAAUUCUGCUCUGGAGCAUCUGCGAAACAAAGCCGAGCAGGAAGAUGCACAAGGUCCAAUCGUGAUGGUAGUGGGUCCGACGGACGUCGGAAAGACCACCCUCUGCCGCAUAUUCCUGAACUAUGCGGUGCGCCUUGGCAGGCGUCCAAUCUUUGUGGACUUAGAUGUUGGCCAGGGUGCUAUCGCUAUACCUGGCACGAUUGGCGCCUUGCUCGUGGAGCGUCCAGCGCCGGUAGCGGAAGGUUUCUCUCAACAGGCUCCACUCGUGUACCAUUACGGUCACAGCUCACCGUCAUCUAACAGCACGUUUUACGAUGUGCUCAUUUCGAAACUGGCCGAAACUACGUUAGAACGCUUGCAGGCAAACAAAAAAGCAAAAUCGUCUGGCAUGAUCAUCAACACCUGCGGAUGGGUUAAAGGGUCCGGCUACUCGCACAUACUGCACACCGUGGAAGCGUUCGAAGUGAGCGCCAUAUUUGUGCUGGAUCAGGAACGGUUGUACAACGAAUUGUUGCGCGAUGCGAAGGCAAACGUGCAGGUGAUUCUUCUGCCGAAGAGUGGCGGAGUUGUGGAGCGUACUAAAUCGCAACGCACCGAGGCAAGAGAUCAGCGUAUUAGAGAAUACUUUUACGGCUCGAAAAUGCCUUUCUUCCCGCACAGUUUCGAUGUCAAGUUUUCGGACAUAAAGAUAUUCAAAGUAGGAUCACCACCGUUACCGGAUUCGUGCUUACCGUUGGGAAUGAAAGCGGAAGACAAUUAUACAAAACUUGUCGCCGUCCUGCCGGGUCCUCAGCUGUUGCAUCACAUACUGGCGGUUAGUUUUGCCGAAAGUACCGAAGAAAACGUGAUACAGACGAACGUGGCCGGCUUUAUCUGCGUUACGAAUGUCAACAUGGAGAAACAAAUUCUGACGGUGCUAUCACCACAACCGCGUCCAUUGCCUCAAACAAUACUGCUCGUUUCCGAUCUUCAGUUUAUGGACAGUCAUUAA